CAACAAGCAGCACAGUGGUGCAGUGGUUAGCACUGGUGCCUCAUAGCAAGAGGGUUCUAGGUUUGAAUCCUUGUCUGGGAGGUGGAAUUUGCAUGUUCUUCCUGCAUGGGUUUUCUUCGGGUACUCUGGCUUCCUUCCACAAUCCCAAAAACAUGCACAUUAGUUUAAGUAGCUGCUUUACAUUGCUCCUAGGUGUGAGUGUGUGGUUGUCUGUUUUUGUUUGUCAGCCCUGCAACUCAAAACCUACCGAUCUUCCUAGGCUUAUAGUUGAUCACUGUAUUGAUGUGUGAUGUGUGUGUAUAUAUGUGUGUAUUGUUUAUGCAUUGUGUUACGUCUGUGUUUUUUUAUACGCUGCAUAUCAAUGAAAUGCAAAUUGCGUUUGUUUGAAGUGAAAUGUGCUAUGUAAAUAUUACCAGAAAUUGCCACUGAAGGCUAUGUCCUCACUUCUGUCAGUGUGAACUCUGCUGAAAGCAAUGUGGAAAUAAAAAAAACAGCAGCAUUAAAAAAGUUAUCCUUAGCACAUAAAACAACAGAUAUAUUGUAGGACCACCCUUCUCAUGAGUUAUUUCACUGGUUGAUUUAAUCCAAAGCUGGGUGCCGGUUCGACAGUAUAGCCAAAACUGUAUUAUGGCUGCACCUCCUAUUUAAAAUAGACACUGCACUGGUUCAAGAUGUUUUUCUGAGCUUUGAAUUUGCUUGGAAAAGCAAUAAAACAUCCUGCAUGGAAACACAAAUAUUCCCUCUACAGAAUGGCACAUGAAGAUGUCAUCAUUUACAGAACACCAACAAAUAUUUCAAAGACUUAAUGUCAAGCACAUCAUUUUAACAGCUCUCUAUUGGUGAGAUCUCACUGCUGUCUGCUGUAGGUUGAGAUGUUAUUGCAGGGAAUCUGUUGUCAGGGGUGUCAUCUCACCUCUGAGUCAAUAGUCUAGUGGUUGAAGCACCAGCCCGUGUUUUAGCUUAAACGCACUAUCAUGUAAUGUGUGAAAAGUUAAUGAGUGCAGAGAAGUUGUGAAUUUUAUCUUCACACCCCUUUUCUACUACACUUCUCAAUCUAGCAGACUCUUUUAAUCUCGGGUUUGAAACAUAGCAGGAACAUACCCUUGUCCGUUGUGGAUCCCAUAGGACGUCUCCCUGUGAGCAGAGACUUUAUGAACUGUCCUUUCAGUGUGUGUGUGUGUGUGUGUGUGUGUGUGUGUGUGUGCAGACAGUUUUGUAGUGUAUGAGGUUUGGUUAAUUUCCUAAUAUUUAGUCUUACGUAUUCAGUUUUUCCUCUACAUCAUGUUGAGAUGAUCUGUUAUUCGAACACACUGACAGAACCGUAAGUUGUCUUUUGAUGAUGAUACCAUGAUGUGGUGCGAAAAAACCUGAAAUGUCAGUCCACACUGUAACCCUGUAUUUGUCUUUUUGGUACUUCUGUGAAACAGAUUUUGCUCUGAGUAUUUAUACGCCCCACCAGCCCAUCUUGCCACCCUGCCCAGCACCAACUCUAACAAUAUCCCCCUGUAAUUAUGUAGCUGCAGGGCAGCUGAAGGAGGGUGUUGGGUCAGGCGGCCCGUUGAUCUCACGUGUCAACUAAGGCUGAGUCAAGCCAGCUCUGCCAGACACAAAAACACCCGUCAGCCACGCAGUGGAGUCAGAUCUCUCUUUGACAAGUUGGGACACACCAAAAUGUUCUUCUGUAACUGUCUAAAUGUAGGAGUAUUUUCAGUCUCUCGAAGCUCAGAAAGGGCAAGACACUGCUUUGGCUUAGCUUUGAGUAUCUCAAAAUGUUGCUUAAAAGAUCAUCAGCCUGUAAGUUGAUACCAAAACUUUGAAGUUGGGGGUCUUGCUUAUUUGUCUUGAGAUUGGAUAUCCUGCACAAAACAGGCUCCUUGACAGCUCCCGAAAACGUGGUGGGCUGUCCUCAGCUCCCUCAGCGACCUCAGGGGACUCCGCGAUUUCUCACACUGCCGGAGGAAGAGGUCAACCCGCACUGACGCUGCCUUGCAUUGUCAUUGCUCUCAACAGCAACUCAACCCUUCCCCUUUCCUGCAAACUGGGUAAGUGUCUGACAGAGAAGCAGAGCGACAAAGCCACAGAACUUUUUAGACUUCUGUCCUGAUGUUCUGUUUUGUCCUGGACUUUUUGGAGCUGUGCGAGAACUGUGGAAAAUCCUUCAGUGCAGCCGAGUCCUCAGAUACAGCAGCUCCCUUUCUGCUUCUUCCUUCUGGGGGAACUAAUUGAAUAUCACACUCCACAAAGCCUUGUCGAGGCUUGCCUGGGAGCUCAGUGGAAGAACUCUGCAACAUUCCUUAACGGUUUUUCCUUCAUCCUGAAACAGGAUUAAUCCGAUCUGUCCUCCACCUGACUGCAAAAUUUUGUCUUUGUCUCUCACCUGGAAUCUUCCUGUGUUUUGGUUUAUCGCGGGACAAAACCUCAUGGAGUCAGUCCAGAACCACCCUGUGAUUCAAGGGAGAAAAGUAAUAAAUUGAGCUGUAAGGUUCAAGGCUUUUCCACAAGAGGCUCGAAUCAGAUGUUCAAGUUACUUUCUUUACAGCCCAAAGUGUCUCGUAUGAGUCAGGAGCUCAAGGGACAAUGAACAAAGACCUCCGAUUGGCAAGGAAAGGGGCACCAACUGGCUUUGGGCACGGUCGGAGACACUCGUGCUUGGGUUUUGAUGUGGAGAAUGGCCUGUCGGUGGGUCGCAGUCCACUGGACUCUCAGACUAGCCCGGGUUCUGGUCUGGUACUUCAGGCCAACUUCCCCCACAGUCAGCGCCGCGAGUCUUUCCUCUACCGCUCAGACUCAGACUUCGACCUUUCGCCUAAAACCAUGUCCCGCAACUCGUCCACUGCCAGCGAUCUGGAGGAGGGAUUGAAGCAUUGGGAAGUCAGUUGGCUACCUCGGCAUGGAGAAGACAUGAUAGUGACUCCAUUUGCACAGGUUCUCGCCAGCCUCCGAACGGUGAGAAGUAACUUCGCUGCUCUGACACAUCUGCAAGAUCGUGUGGGAAACAAACGGCCAACAAGCAGCAACCAGCCACCCAUGUGUAAGCCAUGUCUUACAGAGGAGCCCUACCAGAAGCUGGCAGUGGAGACGCUGGAGGAGCUGGACUGGUGUCUGGACCAGCUGGAGACGCUGCAGACGAGACACUCAGUCAGCGAGAUGGCGUCCAAUAAGUUUAAGAGGAUGCUGAACCGCGAGCUGACGCAGCUAUCAGAGACGAGUCGCUCAGGGAAUCAGGUGUCAGAGUUCAUCGCCAACACCUUCCUCGAGAAACAACAUGACUUGGAGAUCUUGUCGCCACCUCCUAAGGAGAAGGAGAAGAAGAAGAGGCCGAUGUCACAGAUCAGCGGUGUGAAAAAGGCCACACAGAGCCCCAGCUUAGCACCCGCCUGCAUCCCUCGCUUUGGAGUCAACGCACCACAAGAGAGUCUGCUGGCCAAGGAAAUGGAGGAAAUUAAUCGUUGGGGUAUGGAUAUAUUCAAGAUAGCGGAAUUUUCCGGAAACCGCCCACUGACGGUGCUGAUGUACUCCAUCUUCCAGGAGCGAGACCUUCUGAAAACCUUUAAGAUCCCAAAUGACACCUUUGUCACCUUCAUGAUGACCUUGGAGGACCACUACCAUGCAGACGUAGCUUAUCACAACAACAUUCAUGCAGCUGAUGUGGUGCAGUCCACCCACGUCCUCCUGUCCACCCCUGCUUUAGAGGCGGUGUUCACAGACUUGGAGAUCAUGGCUGCUCUGUUUGCUAGUGCCAUCCAUGAUGUCGACCACCCAGGAGUCACCAAUCAGUUCCUAAUAAACACCAGUUCAGAGCUGGCCCUGAUGUACAACGACGCCUCGGUGCUGGAGAACCAUCAUCUCGCCGUGGGCUUCAAACUGCUUCAAGAAGAGAACUGUGACAUCUUCCAAAACCUCAGCAAGAAACAGAGAGACUCCCUCCGCAAGAUGGUGAUCGACAUGGUGCUUGCUACAGACAUGUCCAAACACAUGAACUUCUUGGCAGACAUGAAGACGAUGGUGGAGACCAAGAAGGUGACCAGUCUGGGAGUCCUGCUGCUAGACAACUACUCUGACCGCAUCCAGGUUCUGCAGAACAUGGUCCACUGUGCUGACCUGAGCAACCCAACCAAACCUCUGCAGCUCUACCGGCAGUGGACGGACCGCAUCAUGGUGGAGUUCUUCACGCAGGGAGACCGGGAGCGGGACAAAGGCAUGGAGAUCAGUCCAAUGUGUGACAAACACAACGCCUCCAUAGAGAAGACCCAGGUGGGGUUUAUUGACUACAUUGUCCACCCUUUGUGGGAGACGUGGGCGGACUUGGUGCACCCUGACGCCCAGGACAUCCUGGACACACUGGAGGACAACAGGGAGUGGUACCAGAGCAUGAUCCCCCGCAGCCCUUCGCCCUCCAGCCCCGAGGAGCACCAUGCCGAGGUGGGGCCAGGAGGAGAAGUCGUGGGAGCAGGAGCGGCCAUGCUUUCAGGAGGAGGUGUAGGAGGAGGAGGAGGAGGGGACAAGUUCCAGUUUGAACUCACUCUGGAGGAAGAAGAGGAGGAUGAGGAGGAGGUGGAGUCUGACUUGGAAAGCCCCCUAGAGAAGGAGUCCCAGUCGGGAGGGGAUCGGCACCAGGAUUCCUCCUCCCCGUCUUUGUCCCCAAACCCCCGCAGCAGCAGGUACCGUCCCCCCUCGCCUCACCCGUCUCGGACCCUGAAUCUGGCUGCCAUGUCGGUGCGGAGCCCUCACAGGACAUUGGCCUCCCCUGGACGGGAGGGCACCGACGGGGACAGAGAACUUUGCCAGGAAGGCGACGGGGUGGCCUGUCUGCGUAUGGGCACGUAACAACCAGCACAACCUGCCCUGCCUGAGAGACACGAGCGCUGGAUGUACUGAGACAGGGCAGGCAGGGCAGGCCAUCACUAAUAAAGUCUAUAAAAAUCACUACAGUCCCUUUACACUGGAGACACCCUCUCUGGAGAACAGAGGGACGUUCCCCCUCUGUUCUGUUUUAUAUUUUAACAAGAAGAAUCGUUUUAGCCUCUCUUUGGGUGCCUGAUUGGCCUCUGUGUCCCGUCCUGCUUUGUUGUAGCUUCAGCUCAGAGCGUCCCAGACAAAGACUGCUGCAUUUUAACUGGGAAGAAGAGUGGAGAAAUGUUCUUUAACAAGAACAAGAGGUAAAGGAAACGUCUUCCUCCAAAAUAACUGUCUGUGACAUUCAGAUAUGAGCAGCGAACGAGGAUUGCUGUGGUUUGACAGGGUCUUGGAAAUUAUUUUGCACCAGAGUUUUAAUUUAGGAUAUGAAAUUACCAAGAAUGUUGUGAGAGAUGAAUCAUGUAACCAAAUACACAAUGUAGGUGAGCGGAAAGAAAAUCUAUGGACCUAAACCUCAGGGUAUGAAGAGAAACAUAAAUCUAAUGUAGCACGGAUGUAGUUGAUACCCCCGACCCCAAACUGUCUUUCCUGUUUGAUUUACCUCCAAACCGGAGACUUUGUUUAACCUGCGUGUCUCUACAUUUUCAUUAAAACCCUUUAACAGAAAAUUUGGCAACUGAAGCAAUCAAAUAAUGUAUAUUUAAACCAGCUUGUAGCACCGCAGAGAUUGGACACCGAAGAAGAUUGUACCCCAGUCUCACAUGUUGAAAACACACAAAAAAAUAAGACACCAUCUGUAUAAUUAGUUUAUUUUUUUACCUGAGAUGAUUUGAAAUGGUGUCACCGUUUUAGGUUUGGACUUUUGAACAGUUCUGUUGUACAUUUUGCUGGUCUUGUCUGUGUUUAUGUGCUUGAAAAGCUUUUUAUUUUAUUUUAUUUUUCUUUUUUUUUGUUUGUUUUUUUAAUCAGGGUGCCUCCAGUCCGCAGUAGCACUUUACUGUCUCUGCCCUUCAGCUCUUCUAUUCAGUCACACAAAGGGCUUCACCUACUGUAGGCCUACUGAUCACACACAAACGCAGUACAGGACAUCUGACUCGAGGUACCACAAGCCCGGGCGGGAAACUAACGGGUCGGCUUAUUGGGAAUUUCAAAAAGUAAAUUCAGAUCCUUAACAGAGGAUUCGAUGGACAACAAAAAUUCACAACCUCCUGGUGGUCAGACGAUACUGGAAUUGAAAGACUCCUUCUGUUUUCUUAGCUCCAGACUCACUAAGUUUGCAGUAUUUGCACCUCAUUUCCCUGAGGUACAAAGUCAAAGUUUUCACUGUUAACCAGUGAAAAAAACAAAAAAAUUCUGAAGCACAAAUAAGAUCUGGAAAGGAGCUUUGGGCAAACUGCUGGCCCCUUCAUUACAACAUGGAAGAGCAACCAACUCUGUCAUCUUACCAAAAAAAAAAAAAAAACACAAACAAACAAAUCCACCUGGACUGCACUUUCCUCUUAAAACUAAACGUUUCAGUGCAAACUUCCCUGAAUGUUAGAUGCAUUCAUUCUAUUUUCACCCAAAGAGGCUUUAAGUGACACUGAUAAUCAGAGGGAGCAGCAGCUCGUCGUGAAAGGCUUGUAAUCUCAAACUUUAAAGAGAGUCUGACCUUUUUUUUGCUCUUACUAGAUUCUUCUUUCUGCCAUUUUUGCCUUUUAGCACUAAAUCAGUGAGGAUCUUUUAAUUCCAAAUAAGUCACCAGGUGUUACUUUCCUGCCGACGGGUCGUGAUGUGGAGAUCAGGAGGAGCACAGAAAUGAACCGCCGGUAGUUCAGUUUAAUCAGAUUGCGUUCCAUCGGGUUAUCAGUCUUAUUUGGUAGAUAGUGCUCAGCUAGAAUAACUGUGUGCCAUAAGUGUCGAAAACACACAAACACCUGCCAGCCUACAAUGCUGUACAUUUUUAAACUAGAGAUUUUAACCUGAUGAUUGUAUCGAAGUCACUGACUUUAUAGUGUUAGUUUUUAUGAAUGAUACAUGUUAACAGUAUUUAAAGCAGACAAUUUACUAGAUUUUGUGCAACUUACGAUCAGUCUGUUCGGCCCUUUCCUAUUCCGAUAGCUGAGACUUGAGAAUGUGUGUAGUUUCAGGAGUUCAAAACUCUUUCUGUACCAAGUCCACAUUCGACGUAGAACAGUGUUUGUCGCCGUCACUGAGGUAGGAAGACCAGGAAGCAGACGAGCACUACACAAGAUACGAGGCUCUUCCUGGUCAGACAGUAGUAGAAAACACUAGUCUAACUAUGUUUCAUUAACUCAGCUAGUAAGCUUUAUUGAUCAGCCUUACAUGUGAUAGGAGAAGUCGGAGCCUGUCGUUGAAGGACCAUUAAGCUGUGUUUAACAUGCCGAGCCUCAGAGGAUUGCUUGAUUUGUUUGAGUGCUGGAAAACUGGAAAAGAAAGAAAAAGAGUCGGGAUACAAAUAGCAGCAGCAAUAUUAAAUGCUUUGCUGUGAAAACAAUCGAGAUAACCUGAGAAGUUAAAUCAUCCCAAGCUUUGUUGAAUGUGCCAUGUAAACUCAAUUCAGCUCAGUUCAACAAAAGUCAUGACGCUUUAAACCUCAGCAGCCUCAGCUUUUGUGUUGUUUAUUCCCAGACUCUACCUCCAGUGUCAUGAACAGGCCAAAGUUUAUACACAAGAAAUGCCAGAAUCCAGUGGGCCCUGAAAAUCUUAUUUUCUGACCCUCAUGUCUUUUGCAUCACCCCAACGAUCAAACUUGAGUUCUAAAAACAGCAAAACCGUCAUGUGUUACUUUUGGUAUAUAGAAAAUACUUAAUGAGAUUGCGAGUUAAACUAUUUAGUUUGUCUCUUAAAAGUUGCUUGGUGAUGUUUUAAUCAUCCAUUAAUCUUCCUUUCAAAGCUUUUGGUACCAAAUGUCUCUUAAUAUUUGUGUGCACAGUAUGACUUCAAUCAUUGGAGCUGCAGGAUUAACCCAGUGAUUCUGCUGGUGUGCAGUUAAAGAACCUGCAUAACACUGAUUUAAUAAAAAAGAUUCCCCACGUUAGUUGAAAUUUUGACUGAAAUUGGAAUAAAGGAGCUCAGACAGCCAGUUAGACAUCCAGACUUUGUAUGUUUAAUGAUAUUAAGCCACUGCCACUCAAAAAUGACUAUAACUUCUGCUUCUGAAGAUUCAGCUGAACCAUCAGUGUUUUCAGAAAACCUCGCGAGCAGCGACAGCCACCGCGAACAAAAAAGGCCACGUACAAAUCAGUCGCUUUCUGCUCUCAUUAUAAACGUCCUCACUUUCUGGAGCUGGAAAGCGUGUCACUUUCCUCGUUCAACGUGGCAUUUUCAUGGGUUUGAAGCAUUUAAAUCGACAGUUUUCAGUCAUCUGAACGCACCGUUUUGUUCACAGCUGGAUGAUCUGAGGCGUCACGUCGGCUUGUUAAACACAGAUGUGUGUGUCUCUUUACAGGAAGACGUCAGUGCCAUGCAGUGUUAAAUGUGUCGACGAGCAGCAGAGUCCCUGCUCUCGCUCCGUUAGUGUCGCGCUGAUACCUCCACUGUUGACGUUCACGCUGUCUUGUUUUCUCAGCCGCCGUGUUGUGACUUCUAUAACUUCUAUAAAAGAUAUUUAUUCUUCUAAAAAGGUCUUUCAAGACAAAGUACUGUAACAUAGGACAUUUGAUUUUAUGUUCUGGAGCCUAAAAAUCAAGUAUACUUUACAAGUAUGUCUACAUCUGCCACUCCAAUGUUUUUGUCAAAUAAAAUAACUAUAUUUUUGUUUCUCAUUUUAAGCCAAAACAGUCUCGGGAGUUCAGGGUGUUUUACGUGGAAAAUGCCAAUAAAUUAUAUUGAAAUUUA